GUUAUCAUUCACCAUGUACUUUUCAGAGAGUAAAAUUGUCAAGUACUUACGGUUCCGUUUCACAUUUCAAGAUUUUCUAAUAACGAAUGGAUAAAAUAAGUGAUUCAUCAGGAAGGAUGGCGGUAGAUAAAGAGGUUGAGGAAUAUCUAGAAGCGUCUGGUAAUCCUCUGCUAGAUGAUUACAUGGAUCCUAUCAAUAAUCAGUACGGAGUAUUCAAUCCGACUCAAGAACCAGGUUUCAUAAACAGGUCUACCAUGUUGGACGAUAUUCCAACCACCGAGCUAUACACCCUGGUUAUACGAAAUAUUCCUCUUCUUCUCAAUAUUAAAGGAUUCAAAGGUCUAUUCUCCUACUAUGGAGAAGUUCAGGACUGUUACCUAGGGAAGCCCGCGAGGAACGAGAAUACGACCUGGGGUAAAGUUUCAUUUCUGAGCAAGAGAGAAGGAGCAGCUGCCAUUGAGAGUUUACAUGAUCAGAAACCUUUACGUCUACAAGUAUCAUGGUUCACUACAAAGAAAACUAAAGAAAACUGGCGUAGGAAGACAGAAUUGGAGCAGGAUUUUGAUUCUACAACCAGGAACAGUUAUGAUGAAUUAAUUAAGAGAGCUGAGGAGAAGAUAAUGAAUAUUAAUGAGAAUUGUCUGCCUGAAGGAGACCUGAAACAGAAGAGUCUGGUUACAGAUGAGAGAUCAAGGUUUGCUAAAGAUAAUGUUGGUGUUGAGGAAUCUAAUACCUGGGGAUAUCCUCUCUUCCAGCCUAGAUAUGACCCUCAUCCCUGUGACCAUUGUAGGGGAAAGGGACGACUGGUAUGCUCAGUUUGCCAGGUUUGGUAUUGCAGUUAUAAAUGUCAAGUUCACUCCUGGCCGAUACACAAAUAUGACUGUAUUCCUCCUCCUCCUCUAAUGCAUCCUGCUGGAUCUAUGUUAGACUCAACUCCAAUCAACCCUUCCUCCUCACUCAUUGUUUCAAGGACCAACUCCAGUGCUGCUAAGGUGGACGUGGUCAGAAAGGAUGAAUCAUUGAACACUAGUACCAAUGAAGAGGCGAUUACUACCCAAAGUGGAAUUGUUGAAUGCAGCAAGAAAGCUAAUCAAGGUACCAAGAAUGUAGUUACUCCUGGAACCAAUAUCAUAGAUGAAACUUCGUACCCUAGCAACCAAGAAGAGGUGAAGACGACUGGAAGUAGAAUUGUUGAAUUGACCAGGACUCAAGAUGAGGUGAAGGAAUUAAGCAGGACCCAAGAAGAUGUGAAGGAACUGAACAGGACUCAAGAUGAGGUGAAGGAAUUAAGCAGGACCCAAGAAGAUGUGAAGGAACUGAACAGGACCCAAGAUGGGAUGAAGGAAUUGAGCAGGACCCAAGAUAAGGUGAAGGAACUGAGUAGGACCCAAGAUGAAGUGAAGGAAUUGACCAGGACUCAAGAUGAGGUGAAGGAAUUUAGCAGGACCCAAGAGGAAGUGAAGGCGACCAAGAGUGGAAUCGAAACCAAAGAAGAUCUAGAACACAAUGGGUCUGGCGACAGGGUGAAACAUGAAACAAAGAAAACUAUUACAUCAGAGUUCAAAUUUAAACCUGGAAUAUUCCACUCUUUGUUUUCUGAACCUGAGCUUGAGCUAAAUCUGAAGUAUGAGUUGAUCAGUCCUAUUAGUGUCUUUGUUUCUCCGUCCGAGUUCAACGUUGAGUUGAGUAUUAGUCGUAUCAGCUCUUCCAAGAUAGAAAGUCUUCUUCAGUCUCUAAGUAGUCAACCUGAACCUCUGAUCUGGAAGGUGGAGAAGUCGUCUCCUGUUGCUGUAAAGUACAAUGAGGUUUGGUUCCGGGGUUAUGCAAUUAAGAAGAAGAGUGGAGAGUUUGUGGUGUAUCUCCCCGACACUGGACAAACCGUAUGUGUGAAGCAAAGCAAUCUUCGACCCUUGUCAGAUCAAGCUUUUAAUUAUCCUGUCUGCUCAGUUCAGGUGUCGCUAGGCGGAGUUAAGCCCUUGAAUAAGGAAGAAUGGGGAGAUAAUGCCUGUGCCCUCAGUAGAAGUUUUCUGAAUAGUGAAAACAGUUCUCUAGACAUGAUAAUCCUUGGAAGAGAGCCUAGUGGAAGAUUAUCCGUUGAAAUUCUAAAGAAUGGGGAGCAUAGUCUUAAAGAUCUGCUCAUUCAAACUAAGAAUGGUGAGUCAACUCUUAUUCAAAACUGUUCAAUCGAUUGUUCCUUUCGGAAAUAUGAGUUGAAAGAAUCCUUCCCUAAUACAGAUACUGAAUCCUGUAUUACCAGCAAUUCAGUAAAUCCUGAAGAUACGUUAACUGCCACUUCAACAGUGCAGGAGUCAGCAUCUACUCUGUCAGUGAAGACAUCUCUUGGUGAAGUAUCUACAUCAGAGCAGACCCCUCGUAACCCUGGUACAACCCCACUCAAGUCUCAUGCAGUAACUACAAGUAGACGAGAGUAUCCUGAAAAUGCCACUCCUAUGGCAACAUAUCGCUGUACCGUCUCUUACGUAGAGUCUCCUGAUUCAUUCUAUGUAUCUCCACUUGAAAAUCAGGAGGUUUGGGAGAAGAUAUUGAUGGAUAUUCAGAACCCUAGUUGCUGUUUCUACACCAGAGCAGAAGUCUGCUAUUGUUUCUACACCGGUACAGAAGCCAUCUGCUGUUGUUUCAACACCGUUACACAAGUCAGCUGCUGUUGUUCCAACAGCGGUGCAGAAGUCAGCUGCUGUUGUUUCAACACCGUUACACAAGUCAGCUGCUGUUGUUUCUACACCGGUACAGAAGUCAGCUGCUGUUGUUUCUACACCAGUACAGAAGUCAGCUGCUGUUGUUCCAACACCGGUACAGAAGUUAGCUGCUGUUUCCACACCAGAGCAGAAGUCUGCUGUUGUUCCUACACCGGUACCAAAAUCAGCUGUUGUUCCAACACCGGUAAAGAAUUCAGCUGCUAUUCCUACACCACCAAAUAUGGCAACAUACCGCUGCACUGUCUCCUACGUAGAGUCUCCUGAUUCAUUCUAUGUAUCUCCACUUGAAAAUCAGGAGGUUUGGGAGAAGAUAUUGAUGGAUAUUCAGAACCCUAGUACCAGUCUGGAUCUAGUAGAA